UUUGUCUCAUCCCUACCCGAGGCAAAAGAUAAGUCAAGACUGAGGUGUCCGAUGGCUGGGAGUCCACAAUUCCUCACUCGCUGAACAACGAAAGUAAGUCGUGAGUCCAACAUCAGUAUUCUCAAAAUGCUUUCAGUAGAUUGUCGAGGUAGUCCGUACGAGAUAGGCGUGCAACAUGGCACGGCGGCCAAAACGCACAUCGAGCGAUGCAUCGAGUUCUAUGCCUCGCUGUUCCAAGAGACCAGCAAAUUAGACUGGCCGGAAGUGCAAGAUAUUGCCGGCAGCUUCAGUGAGCAUAUCAAGAAAACAUGGCCGGAGUAUCACGAGGAAAUGCAAGGCGUGGCAGCAGGCUCUGGCCGCUCGAUCCUCGACAUCAUCGCGCUGAAUGUGCGGACGGAAAUCGCUUUUGGCAGAUUCAGCGACGGAUGCACUUCACUUGCAUGGCAUACUGAGAAACGUGCUUACCUGGGCCAGAAUUGGGAUUGGAUGGAACGGCAAAAAGAGAAUUUGAUCAUCCUCAAGAUUUCGCAGCCAGGAAAACCAUCGAUCCAGAUGAUUACCGAAGCUGGCAUCAUCGGCAAAAUCGGCUUCAACUCAGACGGAGUCGGAGUCUGCUUGAACGCGAUCAAAGCCAAAGGAAUGGAUCCAGAACGAUUGCCAGUGCAUUUGGGUCUGAGAAUGGCCUUGGAGAGUCACUCUGCAAACGAAGCUGUGGAGGCACUUGAGCGCUGGGGCAUGGCGGCACCGGCGCAUAUCCUGAUCGCCGAUGCCAACGAUGCCGUUGGGUUUGAGUUCACAUCGAAGACGACAGCAAAGUUGCUGCCAGAUACCAAGGGUAGAGUUGUUCAUUCGAAUCACUUGCUGCUUGAGCAUCCUGGGAUCACAGACAUUGUGUGGAUUAAGGACUCCCUCUUCCGGGUCGACAGGAUGGCCGACUUGUGUGACAAGUUGCCCAUUGAGCCGACGUGGGCGGAAGUCUCGAAGCUUUUUGAGGAUGAAGAAAAUGCUCCGACCGCGAUUUGUCGUGAACAAAAAGGUGGGAGUACGUCGGCGACCUUGUUUAACAUUGUCAUGGAUCUGAAGCAGAGGACGGGGAUUGUUCGUAUGGGAAGACCGACUGCUGUGGAGGAGACCGUCACUUUGGGGUUGUGACGAUCUCUUCUUCCCUUUGGUCGUGGAUAGUGGCUUGUGCAGCGGUACGAUGUUGUUUUCUUAGGCCGUGACGCUCGAGAUACCCUAUGCUGGCUUCUUGAAUGUAUGGAUUUGCU